AUGGAUCUCUCCCCGGACGUGUUGGUGGAGAUCCUGCUGCGUCUCCCGCCGAGCGCCCGGCGCCGUGCCCGCCUCGUCUGCAAACUCUGGCGCGAUGUCAUCGGUGAACGUACCACGGAGAUGCAAAGCCGCCCGGAGGUCCUCCUCUGGCACACCAGCUCCGCCGUCGCCUACGUCGUCGACGACUUGUCCUCGUCUUCGACGGGGAGCUACAGGGAGCUUUGGAGGAGUGGUAGAUCCUCAACGUUUUUCAACCGGGAUAGCGAGCUACAGCUGGUCGGCACCUGCAACGGCCUGCUCUGCCUCUGCGACAACGACAGCUAUUGCACCGGCAUCAUCACCCUGGUCAACCCGGCGACCAAGGAGAGGCUGCCAAUUCCACCGCUGACAUGUGCUGAACGGGUCCUCCACCAAUGGAGGUGGGAUAAGACGUACAACUUCGCGUACCACCCGACGACCGGGCGGUAUAAAGUGGUGCACAUCCCCAGCAGUUUCGACCGGGUCUGCAGAUCUGACAGCGUACGCGUGUUCACGCUGGGGCAGAAGGGGUGGCGUGUGGUGCCGGCCCCCGGCGGCAAAAGGUGCGACCUCGACGCCGGCAUUGUCAGCGUCGACGGUGUGACACACUGGGUCACAGAUACUGUCAUCCUGAGGGUUGUUUCGUUUGACCUCGACAACGAGCAAGUCGCCGCGUCCACGUUCCCCUCUAAAUCGGGCAGACCCGACGACUACAACCUGGCCGAGGUGCACGGGAGGCUGGGACUUGUCAUCCGCAACCCCUCGGGUAUGAGGGAAGCGUGGGUACGAGAGGAAGAAAGGUGGACCCGCCGAUACAUCCUCACUUGUUCAUGGCAUGAUAUUCCACGGCCGUAUGGCGAGUACUACUUGAAGACCGAGGGGCAGUUGUUGUAUCGGUACCCACGAAAAGGCACAUUGUCGUCAUUCGGCUGGAGACUGCCGUAUGAUGUCCUGAAAGUUAGUGACAAGGAUAAGAGAAUGCUGGUGGCCAAGAUGAACGGCGAGGGGCGUGAAUUUAACUACCGGACGUUUGCAUAUGUCAAGACCUCAGAGCCAUUAGUUGUUUAUUACACGGGCGAGUAA